CCGCGCCGCCGCACUCCUCGCCCCGCGUCUGCCCCCAGGAUGGUCGGUCCCAGGCACCAGCCCGGCGGGCUGUGCCUCCUGCUGCUGCUGCUCUGCCAGUUCAUGGAGGACCGCAGCGCCCAGGCUGGGAAUUGCUGGCUCCGCCAAGCAAAGAACGGCCGCUGCCAGGUCCUGUACAAGACAGAACUGAGCAAGGAGGAGUGCUGCAGCACCGGCCGCCUGAGCACCUCGUGGACCGAGGAGGAUGUAAAUGACAACACGCUCUUCAAGUGGAUGAUUUUCAAUGGGGGCGCCCCCAAUUGCAUCCCCUGUAAAGAAACAUGUGAGAAUGUGGACUGUGGACCCGGGAAAAAGUGCCGAAUGAACAAGAAGAACAAACCCCGCUGCGUCUGUGCCCCAGACUGUUCCAACAUCACCUGGAAAGGCCCAGUCUGUGGGCUGGAUGGGAAAACCUACCGCAAUGAAUGCGCACUCCUCAAGGCCAGAUGUAAAGAGCAGCCGGAGCUGGAAGUCCAGUACCAGGGCAAAUGUAAAAAGACAUGUCGGGAUGUUUUCUGUCCAGGCAGCUCCACAUGCGUCGUGGACCAGACUAACAAUGCCUACUGUGUGACAUGUAACCGGAUUUGCCCAGAGCCCACCUCCUCUGAACAGUAUCUCUGUGGGAAUGACGGAGUGACCUACUCCAGUGCCUGUCACCUGAGAAAGGCUACCUGCCUACUGGGCAGAUCGAUUGGAUUAGCCUAUGAGGGAAAGUGUAUCAAAGCAAAGUCCUGUGAAGAUAUCCAGUGCACUGGUGGAAAAAAGUGUUUAUGGGAUUUCAAGGUUGGCAGAGGCCGGUGUUCCCUCUGCGAUGAGCUGUGCCCCGAGAGUAAGUCCGAGGAGCCUGUCUGUGCCAGUGACAAUGCCACUUACGCCAGUGAGUGUGCCAUGAAGGAGGCCGCCUGCUCCUCAGGCGUGCUGCUGGAAGUCAAGCACUCCGGAUCUUGCAACUGAAUCUGCCCGUAAAACCUGAGCCAUUGAUUCUUCAGAACUUUCUGCAGUUUUUGACUUCAUAGAUAAUGUUUUAAAAAAUAUUUUUAAAAAUUAUUGCAUAACAGCAGAUGCCAAAAACAAAGCAUCUCACUGCGAGUCACAUAAAAACGCAACGCUGUAAUAUGGCUGUCUCAGAGGGCUUUGAAAACAUACACUGAGCUGCUUCUGCGCUGUUGUUGUCCAUAUUUAAACAACAGCUCCCCUGUAUUCCCCCAUCUAGCCAUUUCGGAAGACACUGAGGAAGAAGAGGAAGAUGAAGACCAGGACUACAGCUUUCCUAUAUCUUCCAUUCUAGAGUGGUAAACCCUCCA